AUGAGGAUUGCAACGUUUCAAUUGCGCCCUCGACUUGGCGAUGUCGAGGGUAAUAUCCGGAGAGCUGAUGUAUUAAUUGGGAAGUUGGAGCGGAUGCUUCAAGGCAAUGAUAAAAGCAAAGGCCUCGAUUUACUAGUCUUGCCUGAGAUGGCGUUUAGUGGCUAUAAUUUCCCGUCCUUGAAGGCUGUACGACCAUAUCUUGAGCCCUCAGAGGCUGGUCCCUCGGCUCGGUGGGCGCGUUCGGUUGCGCAGAAACUAGGCUCCGUUGUAGCGGUGGGCUAUCCUGAGAUCUGCCCUUCUAUACAGGGGAAAUCACCCUUGCAAGGAAACACGGAAGGGAAUGGGGCCCAGUCAGAAGAUGAGCAUCGAUUCAACUCGUUGAUUGUUGUCAAAGAGUCUGGAGAAACGUUGGUGAACUAUAGGAAGCACCAUCUUUAUUACACUGAUGACCCGUGGGCCCAUGAAGGCGAAUCCCACGAGAGCGGAUUCUUCUCAAUGCCCCUAGCUACUGCUGCCUUGCCGCAAAAGAUAUCCAGGGACAGCAAUGGCAGUGUCCCUGAUAUGCCCUCCUUCCCAAGGAACGAAAUACCUACCACGGUGGGGAUAUGCAUGGACAUCAACCCGUACAAGUUUAUUGCCCCCUAUAGCGCCUGUGAAUUUGCAACACACGCGCGUUCCAGCGGGGCAAAGCUAGUUAUUGUGUCUAUGGCGUGGCUGACGCUGUUGGACUCCGAGGACCUAGCUACGAUGAAGGACAAACCGGAUAUGGACACCUUUCAGUACUGGAUUACCCGAUUUGCACCACUUUUCCUACCCGAUGAGGAAGCUGUGGAGGUGGACGAUGAAGAUGGCCAUGGAGAAAAGGCCAAGCCGCAGGUUAUCAUCGUGUUUGCCAACCGAGCUGGGGAAGAAGAGGGCCUAGAAGGGAAGGAUACUGCAAGGUAUGCUGGCUCGAGCAGCGUGGUCGGCAUACGACGUCGCCCGCGAAAAGUGGGGGAGGAAGCGGAAGCAGGUGAUGAGGGCGUGGAUAAAGUUGAAAUACUUAUAUGGGAUAUACUGGGGGCUGCAGAAGAGGGCAUCUGUUUCGUCGAUACCGACUCGACACCAAGGAUGGUUGGAGCGGUACAGAUAUGA